AUGUCUUCAUACGCCAUCACCGGAGCCUCCAAGGGUAUUGGCCAAGAAUUCGUCCGUCAACUCGUUGCCGAUGAGGCCAACACAGUCCUGGCUAUCGUGCGAAACCCCGCAUCACGCGACAUUUCUGAGCUGGCAUCUAAACAUCCAAACUUGCACGUCAUCAAGGGCGAUGUCACGGACCCAAAAUCCAUUCUUGAGGCAGCCUCAGCCGCCGCCGCUAUCACAGAUGGUAAACUAGAUGUGCUUAUCCACAACUCCAACGCCGUUGACAUGGCCAGCAUGGGCUACAACCCGUCCCAGCUACCAUUUGAUGCUCAGGCUAUCCGGGAAAUCUUUGAACCAUCAUUCAGUACCGGUAUCUACGGCGGCCUAUGGACGACAAAUGCCUUCUUGCCCUUGGUCGAGAAGGGAACCCAGAAGAAGAUCGUACACAUAUCCACUGCUAUGGCUGAUGUAACUUUUAUCAAUAAGACUGGAGUCAGCUAUGCUGUUGCAUACUCUGUCACGAAAGCUGGAAUGAAUGUUCAGGUCGCCAAAUACGCAGCAGAACUUGCGCCGAAAGGUAUCAAGGUGUUGGCGCUAAGCCCUGGAUGGGUAGACACAUGGGAAGGAGAGAAGCCCGCUGAAGUGGUUCAAGCAGACGAAGCGAUGCUGAAGCAAUUCCAGUUAUGGGAACCUGAAUGCAAGGCGCAAAUUUUACCUGAAGAGAGUGUUGGAAAAUGUCUUCGAGUGAUUGAGCACCUGGAUGCCAAGGAUAGCGGUCUGCUCCUAAGUCAUAACGGAGACCAGCUUACCUGGCUUUAA